UGGCUCCGGCCACGUUGAAGACGGUUGAACGUUCUCUCUGCCAUUGCAGGCUUCCUUGGUGCAGCCCCAGCGCCAUGGCUGCCGGCAGCCGGCAGCUGCAGUCUCUGCAGCAGCACUGGCAAUCUGCUCGUGGAGUUUCUGUUGGGCCCUGACACUGACAGAAGGUGUCAGGAGUUUGGUUGUUGUGCUUCCCCUUCCUGACAAUGUAGAGCACUUUAUCCUUAGCUGAAGGCAAGUCCUAAAGCCAAAGGAAGAUAAUUGCUCUUCAUUAGAAGCUUGGUAAUGUACCAAGGUAGAUGAUUCUGGUAGGACUUAGGUUUCAAUCAGCGUUUCAUCUAGUCUAAUCAGCAUUGAACUGGUUUAGAGGUACAAGUGCAAGCUCCGGAGGGUGAGCGUUUGUCUGAAGGACCGAAGGAAAGGCAUUGCAAUGGCGGUCACAGAAAGCAGCAGUCCUCUGGCUGAUCUGCAUUCAGUCCAUUUGCGAAUUGCACGGACAAUGGAACAGCUAGACGGUGCCUUUGUACGUGCUCACAAGCUGGGCAUGGCUGGCCAGCUCUCCUUGGGCGAGCUGCGCGCUUUUGUCUUCUCAAUGGAGCAAGUGGAGGCAGAAGUGCAGAAAUGGGCCCCUCUCUUCUCGGAGGCCGCUUUGCGCCCCCAAGGACCUUCCCUCAGUAUGCAUCUCCCAACCAUCAACACAAGCGACCAGGCGCAUACUCCCACGUCCCCACUUUCGCCCAAUCCCAGCACGCCAGCUGGCUCCGCAGAGGGACCGUUUACCACCCCCCUGACAGGCCCUCUCCUCGUCCACGGCUUCCCUAGCGAAAACCUCGACUUCACCCCAGUCAGUGUGAACACCCCCAGAGCCUUUUCACACCACCCCACUCCUUUCCCUGAGCACCGGUCUGAGGACUCCGAAGAAGAGGCCAUGGAAGACGAGGACGCUCCUGAAGGGGGCCCGGUCCCCGUCUCGGGGGGUGGUUUAGAGGGGGAAGCGUCCCCCAUGCCGCCGACGCCGAGCAUGCCCUCACCCCCCCGCUGCUGCUUUGUCCUCAAGAACCGGGACAGCAAUGCAAGCAGCAGUAGCUUCACAAUGACCCCGUCGAGCGCGUCUCCCCGAACCCCAGUCUCUUUCCAGAGAGGCCCUCUUUCGGCAAUGGGACACAAUCAGGUGGCUGAGAACCAGCGCGUGGGGCUGGCUUCACAAGGCCUCUUGAGCAAAGGGGAGGGAAAGAGGGGAGCGAGGGCUGGGGAUGAGUUGGAAGACCAGGAGAAUCAAGGCCCUGUUGGGGCGCUGGGCGACUUUGGGCUGGAGCGCCAGCCUGCGCUCGUCGAACCAACACACAACUGGGCGCAGGCGAGCCUCCAGCGCGCUCGCAGCAUGGGGGGGAUGCACACAGGGCCUGCACCCAGCCCAUUCCGCACCCCUGGUGUCACUCGCCUUAUGCGGCUGUCGCCCGGCGGCCCUUCCCCCGUCUCCCCCGUCCAGAACCUCUCCUUCGACUCCCCGGCAACUUUCGCCACGUGGCAGAAGAAGACCCGCCCACGCGCCGGACAGGCCCCCAGAGACGUUUCGGACGGUUCCCCCAAUCUCCGGACGCCCGAAAUGGACAGCCCGCCCGCUACCACUGAGCUGCAGGCAAUGGCGGGUCCGGACUUUGAGGCGACGUCACCCCCAAUCAGAGGGCAAAGUUUCGGGCCCUCUGGAAAGGACCGGACGUUCUUGGACGACCGCGCGAUGUCGGACGCCGAACGGCUCGGACGGGUGGAGCAGCUUCUGCGGGGGGGGGUCGAGGACUCGGACGGAGAGCCCGCGAACCCGUUCGACUUUCCGGAGCGAUUUGCGCCUGUGGGCGAUUUGGGGCUGACGGACCACAGCCCGGCAAAGGCUCCCGCGCGCCCCGGCGAGUGGGUCGGGCGCAAAACCGUCGACGUGGCAGAGGUGAUGCGGGGCGAUGACGUGGCAGCGUGCGAUUGGAAGGACGGCGUGGCGGCCCUGCGGGACCUCCACGUGUCCAAGUCCGCGACGCUGCCACAUGUCAUUGAUCCGUUGGAGGUCGACGUCAGGCCGGACUUUGAGCCGUUGGAUGGGGCCGCUGCUCUGCUGUCGAAAAAGGGGUUUGAGACACGGGGUUCAGGGUUUCUGCGGGAGGAGGAUUUCGGCCUAGAGGGAUCCCCCGGCUGGAUGGACGGCCGGGCGGCGCUCAAAGCGUAUGGCUUGGAUACGCCCGGGGGCCCCAAGGCCAAUCCCUCCCGGUUAGGUGAAUCGAGCGCCAAACUUGAAGCCCGUUCGCCCCUGAAAAGCUCACCGGUUGGCAGCCCCCGCGCAACGUGGCAGCAAACAAAGUCGAAGACGGUCGGAGAGUGGGUGAACACGAGCGCUGUCACCACCCCGGGGGGGGUAGGUUCGCCUGGGGAAGAGACCCCCGGGCGCUUGCUGCCGCCCUGGGGAGUCAGGACCAGCGACGGGAAGGCGCACCGGAGGAGUCGCAGCCAUGACCUGGGCGGGAAUGGCACCCCGAGGAGCGACCUCGGGUUCUACAGCCCCCGGGGUCCCAAGAAAGGGGAGUGGGCGCCAAGGAAUGCUAAGGAUCCCGCACUCGACGAGGCUGACGUCAUCAAUGACGGCAAAGAGAACAUCAACCCCAACGUGGGCGCCGCGGCCCCCGCUCCCUCCGGUCUGGACCUCUCCGCCUUUCCCCCGGUGUUUCGUACCGGGGAGGCUGCCCAACAACUGCUCACGGUGUUCCAGCAGUUCGCGCCUCCAGAAGCCCCUGAGGGCGGAACGCCGACAAGGAGAAACGGCUCCUUGUCUUUGUCGGAACUGGACGGUCUGCUUAUGGGCUACGGAACUGAGCGCCUGUCCCUGCUGCUGGACUUGCUCGCCUCCCGGGGGGCCCUCCAGCCCUUCGUCGUGGGCCGCCAGAUGCGCUGGGAAAGACCCCCCUGAAACGUCAGCCGUCGCUCUGAGGAAGGACCUUUUGUCUUGGGACCCGGAGACGGCAUGGGCCUGCAUCAGUCCGUUGAAAGUGGUUUAUAUAGCCCGAAGAUGCUUGGAAAGCUCGGGGAGAACGAGUACAUGUCGCAAAAUGAUCCAUCAUUAGCUGGUCGUGAAAGUCCGUCAGAGUCGGUCGUUGCACGGAGUACUACUCCGUUGUCCUAACCGUACAAUAGCAUCUGUGUACAUUCAUACGUGUAUCCUGCAGACUACCUACUUAUGUAGGAAAGGCGACUAACAUCCGUUGACUCGUGGUGUGUACGUAGCUUCACAAUACUUUCUUGAGUUCGUAAGUAAUGAUGCAGUUCUAUGUGGUAGAUCCGAAAGGAAGCAGCUAGGUUGAAAGUCUUCAUUGCUAAACUUGAAGAAGAUCUGAAACAGUCCCCUGAUCCAUGCAUUCUGCAUUCUUGCUGAAGCACCAAACCAAGGCAGACGUUUUCCGCUUGUCCACUAAGAAACCUAUCA